UUACCAAAUACUUUCUUGGAUGGCUACAUUUUACUUGUACUUGAGUAAAAAUAUGUUGAAAUAGUGCUACUCUUUCUUCAGUAUAAAUUUAAUUCCCUGUGAUUAUUGUUCAGGUCCAUGCUCCAGUCCGGUAGGUGGCGGUAGUGCGCCUUAAGUUGUUUGCCUUCUCCCAUGUUAUAAAACAACAAGAAGGAGAAGUCAAGAAGAAGAAGGAGAAGAUAAUGGCGGCGGUUAGCCGAAGCUUUGCUGCCCUGUGGAGGACAAACGGUGUGAGAGUACCGUUACACCCUCUACUGUCUCUCUGUGCCGCCCGAACACAAAGCUCUGUAAGCGGCGACCCGCUGCCCCGGACCUCCCUGUCCAGGCCUCCGUGGUCGGAGCAAACUAGCUUCGUGUCAGCGGAGGAGGAGCGGAGCCGACAUGCCGCCGUGGUGAGCAGCGUGAACGACCGGAUCGAGAGGCGGGACUUCGGCAGACUGUUCGCCGUGGUGCACUUCGCAGCUCGCCAGUGGAAAGUCACCGACGAGGACUUGAUCCUGGUGGAGAACCACAUCGAGGCGGAGUGCGGAGACCGGAUCUACUUGGAGAAAGUGCUGCUGGUAGGGGCGGAGGACUUUACUCUGGUCGGUAGGCCUCUGCUCGGGAAGGAGCUGGUCAGGGUCAAAGCCACCGUGAUUGAAAAGACCGAAUCCUGCCCCAAAAUGCACAUGGUGUUCUGGAAAAGACACCGGUUCCAAAAGAAGAGGACCAUCGUGCAGCCGCAGACUGUCCUGAGGAUCAACAGUAUCGAGCUGCACCCGCGGCUGUCUUGAUUCAGACUGUUGACUUGUGAGGGAAUCUGGUUUCGGACGUGCUGGAUCUCUGAAACAGUUCAGUUCAAAUUUUAGCAAUGUAUAAAAUAUUAAAGAGUUGUACUUUCAGAAAACUGUAUAGUGUCUGGAUCUGUAUUCCUGCUGAAAGUAAAGUUGGAAACGUAUUUUUAUUGGA